AUGAUUGCACGCCACUUAUGGCUACCGUCACUACUGUUGUUGCUGGUGUUUCCCCUGAUUUGUGCAGCUGAAGAGGAGGAUUCCACCAGAAAUAGCAUCAUCUUCACCACACUUGGUAGAGCUUUCUAUGCUUUUGAUAUCUAUUCCCUCCCAAUUCCCCUACACCACCAAUCACCCAACAACAACCAAGAGUUACAACUCACUGACGGCCACUCCGUCAAUUUUAACGGACACUUUCUUCCCAAUCACACAUCCAUUAAACUCCCAUCAGACCAAGACCAACCUCCUCUUCAACUCGUUUAUGUCACUGAGAGAAACGGGUCUCCCACCAUAUACUUCGACGCCGUUUAUGUCACGACGAAAAAAACAAGCACAAGAAGAUCAGCUCUUGAAUCUGAUAUCAUAGAUAGAAUUCAACUUCCUUUGUUGCAAAAUCACGUCACAGAAAAUCAGAAUCAAGUUUCAAUCAAAGAUAAACCCAGUGUAACUAACGAUGGUGAAUAUUUAGUAUAUAUCUCAACACAUGAGAAUCCUGGUGUGCCACGUGUCAGCUGGACCGCUGUUUAUUCUACCCAUCUCAAAUCAGGUAUCACCCGAAGACUCACUCCCUACGGUAUCGCUGAUUUCAGCCCCGCCGUUUCUCCCUCCGGUAAAUGGACUGCAGUGGCUUCUUAUGGCGCUCAAGGUUGGUCCGGUGAAGUACAGGAUCUUACUACAGAUAUCUACGUUUUCCUGACUGUAGACGGAACUCAGCGACAAAAGGUGGUUGAGCAUGGUGGCUGGCCGUGUUGGGUGGACGAUCGAACCAUUUACUUUCACCGAAGAGGCGUUGACAACUGGUGGAGUAUUUACAGAGCGAUACUCACCACUGAUUCUUCAGACUCGGUGAUAAUUGAGCGAGUCACACCACCGGGUCUACACGUGUUCACACCAGCAACGUCUCCAGGAAACCAUAAGUUCAUCGCCGUUGCUACAAGAAGACCUGGCUCUAGUUUCCGUCACGUAGAGUUGUUCGACCUGGUUAACAGCGAGUUCAAGGAGCUAACCCGUUUCGUCUCGCCUCAAACUCACCACCUCAACCCGUUUAUCUCACCCGAUUCAACACGGGUCGGGUACCACAAGUGUAGGGGAAUGGAAAGCAAUACCAGUCCUCAACUUUUAUUAGAGAAUGUUCGGAGCCCCGUUCCAAAUCUAACUCUUUUCCGGUUCAUCGGUUCGUUUCCGGUUUUCUCACCCCGUGGAGACCGAAUCGCUUACGCUGAGAUGCCUGGCGUUUAUGUCGUGAACCGGGACGGUUCGAACCCGAGGAAGGUUUCUAACGCGAUGGCUUUCUCAACAGCCUGGGACCGGGUUCGACCCGGAGUAAUCUACACAGCAGUUGGAGAAACCUUUGCAUCAGAGAGCACGGAGGUUGAUAUCGUCUCCAUCGACGUCGACCGGAAUAUCAUCAAGAAAUUGACCUUAGACGGAAAGAACAACGCCUUUCCGUCUCCUUCCCCGGAUGGAAAAUGGAUCGUGUUCCGUUCAGGUCGUUCGGGUCAUAAGAAUCUCUACGUGAUGAAUGCUGUUGAGGGAGAGAAACAAGGGCUAAGAAGGUUAACGGAGGGUCCAUGGACAGAUACAAUGUGCAACUGGUCACCUAACGGAGAAUGGAUCGCUUUUGCGUCGGAUCGUCAUGACCCGGGGAGCGGAAGCUUCGAGAUUUAUCUGAUCCGCCCCGAUGGAACCGGGUUGAGGAAACUGAUUCAUAGCGGGUCGGGUGGGAGGACGAACCACCCGUACUUUAGCCCCGAUGGAAAGAGUCUUGUGUUUACGUCAGAUUAUGCGGGUAUAUCAGCUGAGCCAAUUUCAAACCCGCAUCAUUAUCAGCCGUAUGGAGAAAUAUUCACCGUUAGAUUGGAUGGUUCGGGUGUGACGAGAUUGACACAUAAUUCGUAUGAAGAUGGAACACCUGCCUGGUCACCCAAGUAUAUCAAGCCAGUGAAUGUUGAGAGGCCCAAGGGUGGACCUUAUUGCUCUUUUGAUGACUGUCACUGGCUCAACAACAUGCCAAAGUAUGCAGGGCUAAAUGCACAGUGUGGUUUGUAA